CCUUUUCCAUCCUUUUUUUUUUGCUUAAAAUAUACAUUCCAAUUAACACAAUCCAACUAGAUCUAGACUCACCGCCCACACCCGAGCCCGAUCUUUCUACCGCCAUGGAUCCACCACUUUCCUCCGCCCCUAAGCUACGACUAAUAUGUAGCUACGGCGGCCGCAUCGUCUCACGUCCCCAAACCAAAUCAUUUUACUAUUUCGGCGGUGAAAACCGCUUACUUACCAUCCCCGCCACCGACAACACCACAACCACACUUACACUUUCUUCCCUCACCACCACCUCUCCACCUUUCUCCGCCUCACCAUCCCAUUUACUCUCAAAUACCAACUUCCAAAUCACGACCUCGACUCGCUCAUUUCCAUCUCGACCGAUGAUGAUCUCCAAAUCAUGUUGGAAGAACACAAGAGAAUCUCUUCUAGUUCUACCGCCGCAUCUUCACGUAUCAGGCUGUUUCUUUUUCCUGUUGGCAAUGGCGAUAAAGCUGAGUUGACUCAUCCGAAACGAGAGAGUUGGUUUGUUGAUGCUUUGAGGAGUGCAAGAAUGCGGUUUGGAAGUGAAAGUGGUGAACAACCUGAGUCCAUUCCUUUGGAGACUUCUUCUUUUGGUUCUACUUCUUCUUCGCUUUCCUCGUCUAGUUUGCCUCCAAUCAAACCCUCACCUGAAUCAAUACCAAGCGAUGAAUGUCUCGGGAGUGCUGUUUCGAAUGUGCAGACUGGAACUUUUCAAGACCAAGUUGGUCACAUUGCUUCAAUGGAGAAUAGGCUCUGUUCUAACACUUUUGAAUCAGACAAAAAAUUUGCUGAUCCUUCCUCUGGGAUUGAGAUGCAUAAACCUGUUCAUUCUUAUGGGUUUCCGGUAAAUCUGAUGCAUUUACCUCAGCAGCAAACACAAGUAAUUCACGAGGAUACCCAUUACGUGCCGCCAAACAUGCCUGGAACGCAGCCCGUUACGUCUUAUUACACAGUCUAUUAUCCGGUGCCACAACAGCAGCAGCAGCUCCAUUAUCAGGCAAAUCAGCCUUAUCCAAUGUAUUAUGCCCCUGUCGCACGAACUCAGCCCUACAAUAUACCUAUGCAACAUGGUAUGGUUCAAGCAGCAAGUAUCGGCCUUGGUCAGCCCCAAGCUCUUCCAAAUGCUCCAUUAGCAGUACCUCAACCUGUAGCUGACUUAGCUUCAGAACAAUACCAAAAAAUUCCAACAGGGCACCAGUAUAGUAAUGUACCUCAUGCUGAAACUGAAACAACGUUUGCAGGGGCUCAAAGUCAGCACCAACAUCAACCGUUUGAUGUUGCUGCUGGUGAAACCACGAAUCAAACUAACAAACUUGAUGACGACCCUGCUCGAGUCCAAAUAUACAAAUCUCAGCCACCCCCACCAAUGUUGCCUUCACAGUAUCAAACAAUGACCAAAGCCACGACAUUGCUUUUGUCGGAGGCUCUGGCAAAGUUGCAUACAGACAAUGCUGAACAACAGAUUACGGCAUCGGAACCAUAAUGAUUCGAUUCUCCAUCUGGGAAAACAGUUUGGUAGUGGUGUCUUGCUAACUUAUUUCUUGUGUUCCACGUUUCCUUUUUUUGUUUUUUCUUGGAAGUUCUGGAAAUUAUAGUAUUCCAAACAAGGUGUUGUAUGAUUGAAUUGUCUCUUCUGAUCUUCUCAUAAUCCCUCUUUUAGA